GAACUGGGCAAGCGAUAUGAGAAGGCCACGAAUGCACAGUUCAGGAUGCCCAAUCGAUUGUUCUUUUCAAAUGUGCUGCCAGGGAUUGCCAUCCGUGGGAUCUCGGUCAAUGUCCAUUGGCGUCACCGUCACCUCUUCAAGAUCCUGCACAUGACCCCCAGGGAUCUGUGGGGGCAGAACGCGCACUCACUGUGCGUAGCCAUGAUGCACUCCUUGAACAUUUUCGCCACAAUGACCACAGACAAUGCCAGGGGUAUAUUCAUAACCUUCAAUUCAAGUACCCUUCAGGACCUUCAUACACGGAUAUGAGCAUGAGCGGCUCCUGCUGACAGC